AUGGGCACGCACCUGGGUCAUAGAGCUUCAAGGCCGGGUUCAGCAUCGUCAUCUUCAAACUCGAAACGGAAACAAAUCCUCCUUCCUGUUCAUCUCGAAAUACUGGGACCAGUGCGAUACGCCUCCACGUCCGCACACGCAUCUAUACCCAGUUUUUCAGCUUCCCCUGCACCCAUACCCUUACCCUCGGUUUCACGUCCAACCAUUACCCUCGAAGAAUACCUCUCCCUCCGAUCCCAGAAACAAUCGCAGAGACAGAAACGGCUUUCCGAGAUUUCAAACAAAGACUACUACGACCUCUUCGUCGAAGCGCAGGACACGAAGAAUGAUGCAGCUUUGAACUGGCUGCUUCAGGAUCUCAUACAUCCAAAUACAACAAGUCCGAAGAACGAGAAACAGAAAAAGCUAAAAGGAAAGGGAAAGGGAAAGCAAGCCGAAGAUACUGCUACUCCUGAUAUCAAACUCUAUGAAAUGGUUCAAAACCUCCUUUUCAACCUGGAUUUAGCUAGGUUACGGUCCAAAACGGUCUUUCUGAUGAUACAGUGGUUGGAUAGUAAUGCUGCUGCUCCUUCCACGGGGUUCAUCCAAACGCUCGCAGAAAAACAGUUCAGGUUCCUCGUCUUCCAGAUCUGUAUACGGAUCCAUACUGCAGGUCAAGACUCGGACCCGGACGUACGCCUCGUAAAGAUGAUCUAUCAACGUGUAUUCGAUGGGAUUAAGGAACUUUCUACUACAGAGAGGGGGCUAAAAGAGGGAUCUCCAGGAGACAUGGGUUUUGCCGUGUUGUAUCGGUUAUUGUUACUCUCGCCCACGGAAUCGGAAAUUCGACCCCCGACCGAACCUCUAGCUAUCGAGCUAUUCACUCGGUUAUUCGAGCGUGGUUGGAUUCCAAACGAGUCGGUGUCGGCGUCCGAAGAGGGAGCUUUGAGAAUGUUGGGUGUCACAGCAGUCAAAGCGUGUUUACAUUGGGAUUAUAGAACUCUAGCGCACAAGUUUCUGAUUCUAGUUAUUUCGCGGCAUACCCCACCUCUCCCAUCGUCGGUGCUGACCCUCACCACCGACACCAUCUAUACCUCUCUCUCUUCACCUCGUAGAAAUGAAUUUCGGAGUACGGUGGAGCUAGUGAAAACCUUGUGGGAAGCAGGCGAACGCGUGGAACCUUCUGUGGUUAGGGAAUGUUAUAGGGUUGGUCAUGCAAAUGAUUUUUUGGACGAUACAAUCCAUUUGUUUCGUGCUGCCAAGUGCGUAAAGGAUACCUCAAACGCGGCCCCCUUACCGCCCGGACGAGCUUUAUUGUGGCUUCUGGAAGGCUUACAGCCACAUUCACAUUUAGCAAGAGAGUUGGUGUCCCGGGUUGCUUCGCCCGAUGGAGGGGUCUAUAUCCCAGUGGAUGAUCGAGCACAAGUGAUUUCCCUCGCUGCUUCACAAGGGUUUGGAAAGAGUGCCAGGGUGUUGUAUACACGUUAUGGGAAAGGAAAGGAUCGGAAGAGUGUGCUCGGGAGUGCUGUACUCCUGGUGAGGAUGGUGUCGUUGUUUCAGCGGUUGGUGGAUGAUGCGCAGGGAGGAGAAGAAGGAGGUGCCAAAGUGCAAGACUUACGUGACUUCAUGAACACUGUCAUUGAAGAGUUCAUCGACGUUCACGGGGGCACGGGAGGCAUGACGCACGAGUCACUUACGAGUUUGGCUCGAGCAUAUUUUAUCAUGGGAAGAGUUCAAGAGGGAUUUGAGGUGUAUCGGGUGGGAAUGCAGAGGAAAGCAGUACCGGAUAUGUAUGACUUGAACACGAUGCUGGGAGUGUUGGCGGAGUAUUCGCCUAGGAGUGCUGCUAAGAUGAUGGAGAGGAUGGCGGGGAAGGGGUUGGAGCCUGAUUCUGUGACAUUGGGGACGGUGGUCAAGUAUGGAUUGCUACACAAAGACAUAGAGUUGGUGGAGGACGUGAUAAGGAGGUGGGGGGAUGUUGGACUUUCUCAGAAGACUAUUGGGAUGUUAUUGAGGGCAAGUGUGGAAAGGGCGUCGGAAGCGGAAGUGGGUGGGGUGUUGAGGGAGGUGAUGCGUGUCGUGCGGUCAAUACCCGAAGUGGGGAGUGUCAGUCUGGGAAAGUAUCUGGUGUACAGUGCAUUGGGUGCGGGAGAGAUGGAGAUUGGACAGAUGAUUUGGAAGGACCUGUUGGAAAAACAGGGAGAGUUGGGAGACCCCGAGAUGAUCCAAAUAAGGAAACGACUGAAAAAUAAAUAA